UUCGAAUAUUUUGAUGAAAUCAGGCAUCCCUGCAAGCAGCUGAUCGGUGUUGACAAACAAGGAGAAACCAACUAGUAAAAAAACUUUACAUAACACAAGGGAUGUACAGAUAGUAAAUAUUUCGCGCAGUACAAUACAGGUGGAACUAGUGCAUCACGAAAAAUUAGUUUUAGAAUAAUUUACUCAUACUAUCAUGUCUGUUAGUCUGUGAUAUCGGUAUCAGAAUCUCUUCUCAUAAGUACAGGAAAAUGUCAAUAAAGCUUAUUUUGGGCCAAACGAAAAACUAAUACAGCAAUAUUUUAGUAUAAACAAGAAUCGUUUCCAAGUAAAAUAAUAGGACUAAAAAUGAGUGUGGAAGGAUGCUGUGGGGCAAUAAAGUACAUCAUUAUCUUGGCUAAUAUUGCAGUUUGGCUUAUAGGUUUUGCACUAGUUCUGCUCUCAGUAUGGAUGUUAACAGAUCCAACAUUCCUCGUUUCAUUGACACAAAAUGAAAACAAUUACUUCAUCGGAUUGUACAUUUUGCUAGUUGUAGGUGGAUUGAUGUUAACUAUUGCAUUUCUAGGAUGUUGUGGUGCAUAUAAAAAAUCGCAAUGCAUGCUGUUUUCCUUUUUUAGCUGCCUGUUAAUCGUUCUUGUUGCCGAAGUGGUCGCUGGAGCAUGGGUAUACCACAAUUCAGCAAAGUUGAAUACAUAUGUUCGUACUGCUGUGAAAGAAGCAGUGCAAAACGAAUACUCUAUAAUUGCCACUAGGACGGCCACCCUGGAUUCCAUGCAAAAAUACUUUCAUUGCUGUGGCGCGGAAGGUCCAAAUGAUUGGCAAAGUAGCGUGUAUAAUAAAGUUGACCGCUCUACUUUCAUCAACAUUGCGAUUUCGAAGUUGAACGUUGCAUACAAAGUCCCAGAAACAUGUUGCGUCGAAGGAAUAUCAGUUGAUGAAUGUGAUGCCGUUCGUAUUACUGGAGUAUUUACUUCGAUUGCUAGUCCAGUUAUUUAUUCUGAGGGUUGCAUGGAAAAACUGAUCAAUGAAAUAAAAACCAAUAUAAACACAUUUUAUAUAGCAUGUGCAAGUAUUGUAGGUGUUGAAAUACUCGCUUUAGUGUUUACUAUAUUACUUUGUUGUGCUAUACGACGAAAUAACAACUACAAGCAUUGAAGCAAUGUGUACAAACAUUAAUGUUUAAUGACUAUAUAUAAAAAUAUACAUAUAUGUUAGUAUUGAAUAAA